AUAUUCAUUUUCUCUCUCGUUCGGUACACUUUAUCUUUAUUGCGUAUGCUUGAGAAUGCGCAGAACCGAGCUGGAACUUCGGAGGAUAGAAAAAUUGUUGCCAAUCUGUCAUCCUUAUUCGGAACAGCUUCCACUUAUAGAAACUGUCCAUAUAUUACAUAUAUGAUAUCUCUGGUGAAAUUAGACCACGGUCAUGAAUGUGAAUCAGAUAUAUAUAUUUGUGCUGGUAGCAUUGGUUGUCUAUAAAAGUUACUAAUUAUAAAUAUAUUUUAACUUUACUCUUAGAUUGUAACUUUAGUGUUAGGUGGGAUUUUAACUGUAUCUUUUUAAAUAUUUAAUUACAUGAACUUAAUUUAAGUGUUGUCAUUCUGAUUAUGUAGAACUUUAAAUAAAUAAAGCUGCUCAAUAUGACUGAAGUCGAUUAUCAGCUGGCUCUGCUUUUACAAAACAAAUAUGAACAAGAAAGAAGAGAUUGCGAUUUAGCAAAGUCAUUACAAAAACAACUUCAGCCAGAAAAUAUUGAAAAAACCCAUGGGACAAUUGAUUUAUCCGAUUCCGUAAUUGCCAAAACUUUGCAGGAGCAGUUUCAAAGAGAAAAAGAAGUCGAACAACCUGGACAUAAUUUAGCCUAUGGUGUUAACAAGCAGGAGAAAUGUAAAGAUUCCUCAAAAUCUCUUACAGAUCCAUCUUGGGAAGUUAUAGAUCCAACUCCUGACAUUCAUAAUCUGUUUAUUGCGUUUAAUGAAAGAUUUUUUUGGAACCAGUUAGGAUCAGUAUGUGUUUGUUGGAGUAAAAGAAUGACAACUUGUGCUGGAGUUUGUUCUUACCAAGGAAGAGGAGGACUCUGUACAAUAUCUCUCAGUGAACCACUUUUAAAACUUAGGCCUCGAAAAGAUUUAGUAGAAACACUUUUACAUGAAAUGAUCCAUGCCUAUCUCUUUAUUACCAACAAUAAUAGGGAUAGAGAUGGUCAUGGACCAGAAUUUCUUAGACAUAUGAAGAGAAUUAAUGAUGAAGCAGGAACGAAUAUAACGGUAUAUCAUGAUUUCCACGAUGAGGUAAAUUUAUAUAAACAACAUUGGUGGAGAUGCAAUGGACCUUGUAAUAAACGUAAACCUUUCUUCGGAUUAGUACGUCGAGCUAUGAAUAGACCUCCGGGACCAAACGAUUUUUGGUGGGCGGAACAUUCCAGAACUUGUAACGGACAAUUUAUAAAAGUAAAGGAGCCUGAGAAAGUACAAAAAGGAACAAAAUCAAAAACCCAGACUGAUCCUAAAUCACCAGAUAUAAGAUCAUUUUUUCCAUCCAACAAAUCAAAUUCUACUUCUUCGAAUAAUAUCCAAACAAUUAUUACUAGUAAACAGCAAAAAGUUAAUAAAUCCAUUCCAAAUUCAAAUAUUUUUGGUUUUAAAAAUCUUGAUAAAGAGAAUAUAAAUAAAGAUGAGAAAAAGAACGUCGACAUCCCAAAACCAUUACAAAAUAAAGAUGUGAAUACAGGGUAUAAAUUAAUUUCAAAUAGUUUAUCGAAACAGAAAGAUUACUCUGUAGUACGCAAUCAUUGGAUCAAUAAAUUUCCUAGUAACAACACGAAUACUAAAAAACGAAUAUCUUCAGAACCACUUCCUGCUCCAACUGAAAAAUUAUCUAGAUUAUCGGAAAGUUUGAUACCGUGUCCUGUGUGUUCAAAAAAAGUAGUUCAAGAUGAAAUUAACCAGCAUUUAGAUGAAUGUCUCAACAAGAACGAAUCAAAACUAACAUCAACUCAAACGGAUGAACUUUAUAACUAUAUUGAAACCACCAUGGAAGAUUCUUUUAACGACGACGUAUUUGAAAUUUCUGUAGUUAAGACUUCGAAAACUAAAAAAUGUGAUGUUUGUAAAACGGAAGUACCUGAAGAUAAAUUUGAUAUGCAUCUUAACGACUGUCUUCAUAGUAUGUUUAAUAGAAUAGAAAACGAGCUUAUUAAAGAUGGAAAUCAAUCGGUACCAUCAACUAGUAACAGUAUUUGUGAUAAAACUUCUGGCAAUGAGGAAAAAGUUGAAUGUUUAGCAUGUAAUAAAAAUAUAUUAAAGUUCCAAUUAAAUGAUCAUUUAGAAGAUUGCAUGAGUCAAAUUUUCAGGAAUGAGACGGAACCUUUGGAAGGUACAAGCGAUAUAAAAACUAUGUAUAAUUGUCCAUCUUGUAUGAAACUGGUUGGCGAAAUUGAAAUGAAUGAUCACAUUGAUAUUUGUUUGAAAAUAUAAGUUUUAUCCUUUUUCAUAUGUCGCUAUUCAUUUAUUAGAUGAUUGUAAAUAAUAAUUUUUUAUAUUAAAAUAUAAUUCUUUUGUAUUGCAUCGCAUUACGAGCAA